AUGAAUCAACUCCGCCAAUUUCUCUUAACUCAUGAUUUGCGCAGCCUGUAUCAUAUGGUUAUCCUUGCAUAUGACGCUGAAAGCGACAAAAAUCUUGACCUAGAAAAACAAAUUGGAAAGGAUAUAACUUUUGAUCUUGUGGCCCUUGACAAGGUGAAAAGUUUCCAUGUUACAAAGGUUACAUCAUUUAAUUAUUUUAAGAAAAAUCUAGCUACUAUGUUUGGCAUACCAGCUCAAUUCCAGCGUUUGGGUUUUUGCAUGGCAGAAAAACCUGACCUUUCAUCCAUCUCGGCCAUUGACAUGCAUCGAGGAAUCAGGAUAUCAAUGUAUCAAUGA